UCCCAUCCAAUCCCCUCGCAGCCCCCCUGCCUGCUGUCUCCGCCCUCACACACCUCUCCCUUGUUGCUACGGCAGCAGCACCAUCCCGCCUGCGUGAAGCAUUGUUUGAGCUGGAGCGUCUGCCUGUUUUGCAAGCAGUCUGUGUCAGGGUGUCUGCUUAUUCCUCCUCUCAUCUGCUGCCGUGCUGCUCUCUUUCCCCUCGUAACCAUGGAAAUGAGAUCAACAUGCAAAUACCUGAGCAAGCUCACUAAUGCUGUGCGAUAGAAGAUGCAAAUUACAUUUCCGCUUGUAGGAUUACACACCCACACACACAGAUGUACACUCAGACGUAUACACGCGCAGAUUUAUGUACGUGUGCUCACAUACGUAAGCACGCCCACCUGUAGUCCAGUAGGCUACAUUUCUUGGCACAUUACACCACAAUCAGACUCAAAUUAUCUACAGGAGAAGUUAUUUAAAAUGGUAAUGUUUGAAAGAAAUAUGGAAUUCUUGUUUUGUUUUUGUUUCCAACAAUGCUGAGAGAAAUAUCUGGUAGGCUACUUAAGCUGCAAUGCUUGUCUUUCUUCACAAGUGUAGUUUUGCUAACCUUCUGUUUGCCCUUUGGUGCUGGGUGCAGGUGACGUAUAGUUAGUUUGUGAGAGUUAAUUUCACUGGAAAUGGGGGUGGCUCUAAUCAGAGUGGUGAGACUGAAAAUACAGUACAUUUAUGGGAAUGAACACAACCCAAUAAACCUCAAAGAAGCUAAAAGAACCAUUGCAUUUUAAUUCUCAGUAGUUUCAGCAAAUUCAAACAAAUUCACUUUUAAUGUGAAAAUAUUUUUAUGCAGCUUUAAAGACUUAAAUUAAGGUAAAAUACCAUAAAAUAUGAAUAAAAACCUUAUUUGAGCAGCUCUAAUAUGUCAAUGACAUGUUCCUCUGCAAACAUUUAAAACAAAGGUCAAAAGCUAAUGAGUAAUCACACACUGGGCUCUGGCUUUUUUUUUUUUUUUUUUAAUUAUUCUGGUUUCGAAACUGGGUCUGAAAAUUGGUCAUUCAAAAUCCGUGAAACUCCUUUCUGUUACCAUAAGAAACUACUGAUAAUGAUUCAAGUGUGUGGUCAUGAGGUGGUUAAGGCAUGCCGAACCACACUAUACGCCUCAUGGAGUCUAAUCUCCAUCCACAUCUCCACUCGUUUCAUUGAUGUCUGGCUUUUUUUUUUUUUAUGAAUGAACGGCAGAGGAGGAAAUGGGACGGGAAACUGGACGCUCUGUGAUAGGCUGCUAUCGGUUGACGUCACCUCCGCCGUGACGCGAUCCACCCAUUCAUAAAAAAAGGGAAAAAAGAGAAACAGUCCUGAGGAGAAACGCUCAGAGAGAAAGGUGGAAAGAAAGAGGUGACCGGACUGUGCGUAAAGAGUAGUGCGGUUACAAUGCGCGAGAUAAUGCGCGGAUAGAGGAGAGGCGCAAAGGGAAUCCACCGCAGGAUCCGUGCGCCUUCUCCAGGUUUGGAGUGUUGGUGUGGGCUCAGAAAGAUAGAGAUAUCAGCGACAGUGAAGCUUUAACACGCGCAGCCUGAAACGACGUGCGAUGGAGGAGCUGUGCGAGAUGGACUGCACGGUGCUGAAGCGGCUCCUGAAGGACGACAGCGCCAAGUGCCUGCUGCUGGACUGCCGCUCCUUCCUCGCCUUCAGCGCGGGGCACAUCCGCGGCGCAGUCAACGCCCGCUGCAACACCAUCGUGCGCCGCAGAGCUAAGGGCUCCGUGCUGAGCCUGGACCAGAUACUGGCCGGGGACGAGGAGGUCCGCGGGCGCCUCCGCUCCGGGAUGUACUCCGCCGUGGUGUUAUAUGACGAGAGGACGCCGGACUCCGACACGGUGAAGGAGGACAGCACGGUCACCCUGGUGCUCAACGCGCUGUGCAGGGACUCCUCCGGUACACACAUAUACCUGCUGAAAGGUGGAUAUGACAGGUUUUUCACAGAAUACCCAGAGUUUUGUUUAAAGACCAAAUCCUUACCAUCCCUCACCAGCCAAUCCAGCAUCGACUCUGCCUGCUCAUCUUGUGGGACGCCACACCAUGACCAGGGCGGGCCAGUCGAGAUCCUCCCGUUCCUCUACCUUGGCAGUGCCCUCCACGCCUCAAAGAAGGAGGUUUUGGACGCCAUAGGAAUCUCCGCCUUGCUGAACGUAUCAGCUGACUGUCCCAACCACUUCGAGGGGGUGUACCAGUACAAAUGUAUCCCUGUGGAGGACAACCAUAAAGAAGACAUCAGCUGCUGGUUCCUGGAGGCCAUUGAGUUCAUAGAUUCAGUACGGGACUCCAGUGGGCGAGUGCUGGUCCACUGUCAAGCAGGCAUCUCCCGCUCAGCCACCAUCUGCCUGGCCUACCUGAUGAAGAGAAAGCGUGUGCGUUUGGACGAGGCCUUUGAGUUUGUGCGCCGGCGCCGCAGCAUCAUCUCCCCGAACUUCAGCUUCAUGGGCCAGCUGCUGCAGUUCGAGUCACAACUCCUCGCCACCUCUUGCGCUGCUGAAGCAGCUGCCACGGCGAGCCCACUGCUCGGACCCAAGUCGUCAACAACCACCACCUCAACAACGGCCACGCCCACCUCUCCGUUCAUUUUCAACUUCCCAGUCUCUGUGGUGAACCCCGCCUACCUUCACCACAGCCCAAUCACAACCUCACCCGGCUGCUGAUGGGCAGCCAAUCGCAGCUUUCCCCCCCGACAAACUAUCUGAGCACAGACUGGGCUGGCAUUGGCUGGGAGAGCUGUCAGUCUUUCUGACCGCUGCAGUAUGUACAUGCUUCCAGGGCAGGGAGGUGAGAAGCGUCAUGGUGCCUGAUUCGAAACUCAAAGACCGGAAACAAAAAAAAAAACUUUUUAAAGUUUAGAAACCAGCCAACGCUCCUUCCAUUUUAACACAAGAUUUAUUCAAACUGACCAAAAAUGAACUGGCUUUCAAAACUUGUUUCAGUGAAUGAGUUCAGAUGGAGUGUUGGACUGAUGUUUACUGGAGAUACUCCCUCUUCCUUGACAAAAAAUAACAACAACAUGCACAGAGACACACUGACACACACACUGACACAGAGAGGCAUACACUCUCUUUUUCUCUCUUUGCCUCACACACACACAUUCAUGACUACCAACUGAAUAAGCUCAGUAUGAAGACAGGGUCUGUUGCUAUGGAGACGACAGGUCUUUAGGAGAGGAGAUGGACACAGGAAGGAAGGAGGAAUUUUAAGCACCCGCUCUUUCCCCUUUGGGUGUCCCUCCUGUUCCCAGACAAAAGAGAUGGAUGGAAAAAAGAGGGGAGGAGACGGUGAUAGAAAGCAGGAGCCUCUUCAGUGACAGGUGCUCUGCCGGCAGUCCGACCGGAGCUUCCUGUCUUUCAUACGUCCUCUUCCUCUCUCUGUCUCUCGCCCCACACCUUCCCCCUCCUGCUCUCAUCUCCUUUUCAUCCUUUUAUAUUCCUCCCUCCUUUCCUCCUCGUCCUCCUCUUCUCAUCUCUGCCUCUCAUCUUUACCCCGUCCACCCUUGUAAAUGGACUGGGAAACCCCUUCUGCAAGCCCCUGAUAUACACACUGUAGGAAACUCCCUUUGCUAUGUCAAGGAAAAAAAAAAUUGUUUUGGAUGAAAGGGCUGAAAGAAAAAGUUGUGAGAAAAUGCAUCUUUGUCCGGGGACAUUUUCAAUGUCUUUUACUGGAUUUUCCUUUUAGAUCAGAGGGCAAAUUUUAGAGCACAUUGGCCCUGGAAGACAGCCCCUUAAAGGACCAUGCUGGUAGCAUUGUAUCUUUUAACUCAUUAUAAGUAAUUUAUUCUUUACUGUUGACCAUUUUCCAAAACAUAGGUAACUUUAAAGACACUGGUUUUGGUCCUUUCCUGUAAGUUUAUUUUCAUAGCGUACUCAAAUGAACUGAAAACACUGGCUCCCAUUGGUUGCUUUGGAAAAUUUUUAUUUUUUAGGUAAUGGGCUAAAAUGUGCACCACCAGCAAAUGGUCCCUUAAGAUGUUUGUGCCUUGUACAUAAAGGUAUUCCAUGGAUUUAGAUGUCUCUGGAUUUGCCGGGGACAACUUUUUUCUCAGCUGCUAGAAGGCAGAUGGCUGAAUGUUAGUCAAAAAAAAAAUCUCAGCAUUUCAGCACCGACUCUUAUUCCACAAUGUCAAAAGAGCAAAAGCUUCUUUUCAUCUUUACUCACACACAGACACACACACACUCACUAUCUACUUUAGAUGUUAAAGAAAAAAAUAAUGACUACUAGACAAAAAUUGCAUUUGUGAAGAACUCAGGUUAUUUUAAACACAUUACAGAAAUUUUCCUGCAACCAUUUUGAGGUCCUAAUCAUUUAAAAUGGAAACCCUGACAUUUUUAAUUUGAGCAAAUUAGAUUGCAAUACUCUCUCUAAGAUAUAUGUCUUCUGAUGUUUUCACAGAUCUGCCCUAGAUUUUUAAAGCCAGGGCAUCUAAAUGUGGGUCCUUUUAUAUUCUUACUUACCAACCAUUAGGGACCCUCAGCGUUGUUCCUCAUGACACAAGUUAACGAAGGAUUUUAAGCUUUGGCCUUUGAGGCCAUAAUCCAAUAACAAGAAGCUGUCCCAAAUAUUUAUUUCAUUCAGUAUGUAUUUGUACAACACGAUAACCAUAACCCUUCUCUGUUUUUGAA